AUGGAAAAUUUACAUAUUGUUGCCAAAAGGGGAAGUGCAUUAGCAAUGGCUUCAAUGGGUGCACCAGGGAAUAAAAAUCCAAUAGAUGUUGUGAACUAUGCUCCUUAUUGUUUGAAGAUACAUGGACAAUAUUAUCAUUUAACAAUAACAGCUAUGCGACCAGAGGAGGGAAAAAUACCACGCUAUGCUCAGCUAUAUUUUUUAGAUGUUGAAGAAGCAGUGAAAUAUAGAAUAAAUUUUAAAACAAAUCAAGGAUGUGAUAAAGAAUUAAUGAAGGAAUUGUCAUGUUUAAUGGAAGAAAGUAAUGAUUUAGUAAAAACGUUCAAGAUGAUGCGUCAAGUAGAACAAGAACUAAAUCCUAAAGGAAAAAAAACGGUGAAUAUAACGUUGUCUUUUAGUAAAGAUCCAAAAAAAGAUCAAAGAAGAUACAAUGCGCCUCAAGCAAACGAAAUAGCAGUGGAUAAACCGAGACUAAAAGAGGUAAUUGAUAAGAUGGUAUGGGCAAAAAUACCAGACGAGAAAAAAUAUCCAGAAUUAAAUGUAAAGGUAUUGAAACAUAUGAUUCAUGGACCAUGUGGAGAUCUAAAUAAAAGAUAUCCAUGCACAGGAGAAGAUGGAAAAUGUUCAAAAGGGUAUCCUAAAGAAUUUUGUAAAGAAACAAAUGCGAAUGGUUUUGAUUGUGCUGCAAUAGAAGUGAAAAAAGGAGAUGGAACAAAAUUAAUCAGAAUAGAUGAAGUAAACUCAUAUCUAAAUGCAAGAUAUAUAAGUACGCCAGAAGCCAUGUGGAGACUGAACGGAUACGAUCUUUUUAUGAAAUCGCAUACAAUAAUAAGAUUAGCAGUACAUUUACCGAAUUGUCAAAUGGUAUAUUUUCAAGAGGGAAAAGAGGAAGAAGCAGCAAACAGAGAAAUCAAUCGAAAUACAACGCUAACAGCAUGGUUCAAACUGAAUCAAGCAGAUGAAAAUGCAUUGCAAAUGCGAUACACAGAUAUUCCAUAUCAUUAUGUUUAUGACAAGAAAGAAACAAAGUGGAAACAACGUGUAAAUAGGGGAGAGAAAAUAAUAUCAAGAUUAUAUACAGUAGGUAUAAAAGAUACUGAAAGAUUUUAUCUAAGACUACUACUUCUGCAUGUAACAGGAGCGAAAAAUUUUGAGGAUAUUAAAACUAUAAAUGGAGUACGUUAUGAAACUUAUAAGGAAGCAGCGAUAGCUAAACAAUUAGUAGAAACAGAUGAUCUAUGGGAAAAAACAAUAGAAGAGGCAAUAGAAUCAAAAAUGCCAGGAGAACUACGAGAAUUAUUUGCAUACAUAUGCAUCUACGGAAACAUAACAAAUGUACCAAUAAUAUGGAAUAAAUACAAAGAAUAUAUGAUUGAAGACUAUGUUAAGAAAAAUAGUGAGAAUCCUGAAAAUAUGGCUUUAAACCAUAUUCAAGAAAUUUUAAAAAAUAAUGAAGUAGCUUUAACAAUUCCAAUUGAUGAAGGUGCAAAAUCAAAUAUUAGAGGAAACACAGAGGCAGCAAGAGAAAUCAUUAAUGCAAAACUAAUCAUAUGGGAUGAGGUGAGUAUGACUGUAGGACAUGCUUUAACAGCAGUAGAUAAACUAUUAAAGGAAUUGAUGAGGAAUGAAAAACCAUUUGGUGGAAAAGUAGUAUUAUUUGCAGGAGAUUUUAGACAAAAUCUACCUGUAGUGCCUCAUGCAAAUAAAGCAGCAAUAAUAGAAUCAACAAUGAAAUAUAAUUCAAUAUGGAAAAAUGUUCGUGAAGUGAAACUCACGCAAAAUAUGAGAACUGCAAACGAAAAAGAAUUUGCAGAUUGGUUGAUAGAACUUGGAGAUGGUAAACGGCUAUUUCAACAAUGGCUUGUUGAUAGCUAUGUAAAAAUAGAAAAAGAUAGAAUUAAUUGGUGUAAAGAAAAUCAAAAACAUUUGAGAGUGGAAAAGCACCAAGGACUGAUUGACUAUUUAGAAAAAAAGUGGCUGAUACUAAUGUUUAUAUUGGACGUGUAA